AUGGAACAAUUACGUUCCAUUUAUCAUCCUCUUUGUCUCAUAUCUCACGAGUCGCCAUCAUAUCAUACGGGCAGUAGUGAGCCACCGAAUGAUCCCAUUUCACCGCCGAUGGGCGGUAAUAUCGACACAACGGAUCGACGUCUUCGUCGUCAAAUUGCCAAUUGCAACGAACGUCGUCGUAUGCAAAGUAUCAACGCCGGUUUUCAAUCACUGAAGUUACUAUUGCCUAGAAGAGAUGGCGAAAAGUUGAGCAAAGCUGCAAUACUACAGCAUACAGUCGAACUGAUUCAGACAUUGCGUGCCGAGAAAAUGAAACUCAUCGAAGAGAAAGAAACAGUUAUAAAUGCAAAAAAACGAAAGAUUCAGGAUGAAAACAUGCGGGAACGUGGUGUAAUAGGUGAGCUAACGGCUGCAUUGGAACAUGAGCGUCGUUUGCGACACCUUUAUGAGAGAAUGUUUAAUUUAUGGACGAAUUCUCCGGUGCUUUCACAAUUCCUUUCGAAACCGAACUCGUCAGUAGUUAAUCCGGCUAUUGCGCUGCAGAAUGUCGUACCACCAGUUCUACACACACGCGGAUUUACAGGACUUUUACCGCCUGCAUUUUUGAUCGAUAAUCUGCUAAACAAUGCACGAAUAGGUAGUAAUGGUUGUGGUACUGGUAAUGAUAAUGGUACUGGUAAUGCUGGAUCACUCCAAACUACGGGUUUCGAUUUAAGCAUGUUUACGGGUAAUUUGGCAUCGGAAACAGCAGUAUCGACAAUAGCAGCUAGCAAUGAGACAUGUUUUACCGGUGACAGAAAACCUUCACCAUCACAAGCACAACCGCCACCGAUCGGUGAUUUACUUACACAACCAUCACCUUUUCUCUUUAAUUCUCUGGAGAAGGCCUCUGAAGCCAAUUUGAAUUCAAACUUCUAUACAAUUCUGGAAGCAAUUCGACAGUUAGAAGAGAGUGCUUCCAAUCUCGGUGGUUCCACUGCUACGUCGACAGUUAACCAACAGCAGCAGAAGCAACAAGCGAAUGUGUUGGUUCGUUGAGUGGUGAUAUCCGAUGAUGUUUGCUUGAAUGGAUCUCGUCGAAUUUCUCUUUUAUU